AUGUCAGAUGACGAGAUAGAUACCGAAAUAGAAGAAGGCUACGAUGAAUUUAUCAAAGAAUAUGGAUCAAGAUAUGAAUGGAAUAAUGAAAGGAAUCCCAAUGAGAAUUGGAAAGAGAAAGCGCUUAAGCAAUUUGUACAUAGUCUGCCCAAUGUAAGAAAUCCAUCAUCAUUAUUCCAUGUAUUUAUACAUUCCGAUGCUUUCUAUCUUCCACAUAUUUUGAGUCUGAUAGAAUUGCCAUAUUAUCCGCAUAAACUUCGAUGGGAAAUAUGGACAGAAGGUAUUGAGAAAUUCCAAUGUAGAUUGUUUAUUCAAGGUGAAGAAUCAAUAGUGGAUUACUGUUUAAAGGUGAAGAAAAAUAAUGAUAUCAUCAAACUCUGUAAAGGUUAUUUUAGAAGUGAAUUCUAUAGUGGAUUAACACGAGAAAAUAUGAGAUGUAUUGCAAAAAAUAUUUAUUAUCGUAAAUUGGUAGAAAUGCUUAUUCAGGCGAAAAAAGAAUCAGUGACUGGUAUUAUAACUGGGUUUAAAGAUUAUAUUAGUCAGUCCGAUAUUGCUAAUCUGAAUGGG